GGUACACUUUAGCUAUGACUGUGGCUGUUUUGAACAUGCACUGUUUUUUUUGUUGUUGUUCUCUUUUUUUCUGUUUCCAUGAAUUUAUUUCUCUGGAACGUUUCUGCAGUUUAUGCCAUGGAAAUAAAUCCCCCCUGUGGAGAAAAUAUGUAUGAUGAAGAUGGAAAGAAACUUCCGCCCUGCAUUCCUGGUGCCUGGCUCACUCCAGCCAUCAUGGCCUGCUACUUGCUAGUGGCUAAUAUACUCCUUGUCAACUUGCUAAUUGCUGUAUUUAACAACACCUUCUUUGAGGUGAAGUCCAUCUCGAACCAGGUGUGGAAGUUCCAGCGCUAUCAGCUAAUCAUGACUUUCCAUGACAGACCAGUGCUUCCUCCCCCUCUCAUCAUCCUCAGCCACCUCUACAUCUUCUUCAGAAGGGUCUGCUGCCGCUGUGGCAAGAAAAAGGAGGGAGAGCUGGACGAGAAGGACAAAGGACUGAAGCUUAUCCUGAACACUGAAGAGCUGAAGUCUCUGUAUGAAUUUGAGGAGCAGUGUGUGGAAGAGUACUUCAGAGGGAAAGAUGAUGAGCAGCAGAACUCAAAUGACGAAAGGAUAAGGGUGACAUCUGACAGAGUGGAAAACAUGUCCAUGCGUCUGGAGGAGGUCAACGAGAGGGAGAACACGAUGAAGGCUUCCCUGCAGACGGUUGACCUUAGGCUGGCCCAGUUAGAAGACAUCCACUCUCGCAUGAUGAAUGCCUUGGAGAAGCUGGUUGGGAUUGACCAUGCUGAAUUGACCCGGACACGGUCAGGAGCUUCUUCAGUGUGUGGCCCUCCUUGUCUCCUCCGCACCAGCAGCAUUAACAGUGCUGAUGGGUACAGUCUUUAUCGUUACUACCUGGAUGAUUGCCCCCCCACUGAAGAGAAGGAGGGAAGCAAAGCAGGCCAGCUGGCCCCAGUGAAACUGAGCAGAAUGGGCAAGGCGUCCAGCAUCACAACCCUCGCUCCUAAGGAGUAUGGACCGAAUUUGGAGGUAGAGGUCCCAGUACUAAGGAGCCGCCCACCCUCAUGUGUGGACAUCCGGAUUUCCCCUUGUGAUGUGAAACAUGAAGAUCCGAAUCAGGCUGGAGAGGCGCAGGAAGCAAAACCUAUUCAGUCUGUCCCAGUUGGUCAAGCUUACCAGGAUAACUCUGCAGCUAAAAGAGAUAUAACGUUUGAAAGGGCUAAGCUUGAUGCUGCCAUCUCCUUCCCCUUAGAAAAGGUAAAGGCGUUCAGAUACUACCCAUCAGAAACACUAAGCACUUCACCCUCUUCGGCACGGAAGUCUAGAAGCACCAUCUUGUUCGACCCAGCAAACAGGGACGAUGACCCUUUCAAAGACCCCAGCUCUCCAGAACAAGGGACUGAAGGGUCCUCGAAUGUGAGGCGUUGGAGUGCCGGCUUUGAAUAUAAAGUUCACCCCAGCCUUUUUGGCCAAGCACCUAAAGUAUCAAUGAUCACGCCUCCAAGUGGACACCAAAGUGAAGCAGAUCAGUCCGAGGGCCAGCAUAGACUAAAAGUUCCAUCCAUUCACAUGGAGGAAAGACGGCCAGAGGAGAGACCCCAGAAAGAUGAACACGGGGAAAGCAAGGUAGAGGAGAGCGAGGUUAACCAAGAGGGCAGAAACGGUGAUGGCCCAGAUGUAAAUCUAAAAGUGGAGGACAAUGCAGAAGAGAGAGACAGAGACCAAACAGGCAGCCAUGAAGGACACAUGAAUGCUGCAGAAGAAGCAAAAAUGUAUGAGAAUGAUGAGAAUGUACCUGACUCUUGCUACCUUAGUGUUCCUGAAGAGAGAAUGAUCCUUCCUGGAAGAUCCAAGAGCUGGAACAAAAAACAACGCAAAUCUUUGGAGAAAAGCAGGGACAAGCCCCGCGGUUCCUGCAGUGAAAGAGACCUCUCAAGCGGAGGUUCCCUUGACAAGCCUGAUAAAAUAUCUGUAAAAGAGUCAAGUGAGGAGGAGCUGAAGAAUGAGAUAGAUCUUAAGACGGCAGACCAGACAGACUGCUAAUUAUGAGAAAUGAUGAAGGGCAUGCAGCAGUAUAUCCUCUUGGAACACAAUAUUUAUGCAGUUAUUAUGUUCUCUGACACAUUAUGACUUGGUUUCAGUGUUAUAUUUACUUCAUAUGUAAGGGAUAUUUGUAAUAUCUGUUGAUUACCCUUAAGACAAGACUAAGGCAAUA